UAAAAGCUCGGCCGAGCCGCUCGCUUCAUUGUUUUGCUCCAGCAUUAACUACAUUCCAAAGGGACGCAGCGCGCCCUGGUCUCCUUCCUCGCAUUCUUUCCGCAGAAACGAGUCCCGAGGUCUGUAUUAACGAUAAAGACUCCCGCCUGCCUGAGCCGGGCCGCCUAAACCGCCGGCCUGCUUUCAGAAGUGCCCCAGUGAUUUAUUUCAAGCGACUGGGAAUGCCAUGCAAGGAGGGUUUUUGGAGAAGCUGUGAAACCUACACGGGAGGGAGAGAGCGGGGGGAAAUUCCUCCGCGCAGCGCGCCAUUGACUGUAAAAGACCUUUCAACUAGUCUGAAAUUGACAAACGUCUGGCUCUUUGGGGGGAAGAAGGGUUUUGUGCGGGUGGAUUUUCAUCUGGAUGCCCAAAUGUCGUGCUGUGCGCUAAUCUGAUCGGAAAGGGAGCCGUUUUUUUUUUUUUUUUUUUUUUUUUGUAGAUGAUCCGACGGGCUGCGCUUGGGAUCCGACACAUGUUUUUUGAUUUCCCAUGUGAAGUGGAAUUGCUGCGAACUCCAACUCUGUAGUUUUUAGACAAGCUUCCCUGCGCUCGCUCGCUUUGCUCUUCGGAUGCAAAGCAGGGAGGGGGAAGGAAAACCCAUGGCCAAGUACGUGGAGGAUGCGGCACUGGCCGCAAGUAAGUUAAUGGAGGAUCUUUCUAUAUACGAGGGCACGUACAGUUUGAGGAGAGACAUGGUCAUUCACCCGAAUAUGGAUCUGAUUCCCGAGCAGAAAAGUAGACGGAUGAAUGGCAGUCCCUCGGCUCCUCAACAGGUCCACGCGUUUGAGAAUUAUCCCCCCGGGAAUAAAGUUUAUAACGCGUCGCCUCUGCGCUCGGCCAAUGGAAACCGAUUGGUCCCCCUGGAUUUUUGCCCGACCGAGAGGGAUCCGGUGUACUGUGAGGAUGGCCAUUGUACCAAGUCCGAAGUGGCCCUGCCGUGCUACGGCGGAGCCCCGGAGCGUCAUCGGAGGUUCUCCUUGGAGGUCCAGGGGCAUCGGUACAGCGGCGGGGGCGCGUACGACGGCGUGCAGCUGAACAAGCCGGCACCGUUCCCUUCUUUCGCCGGCGGCAGGACCGGCACUGUCUGCGUCGGAACCGGUCAGGACGUCAGGUACGGCGCCACGAGCCCCCGGUCCAGUUUGGCGUCUUCCCUGUCCCCCCAGGAACAGAGCAAGCACCCGAGCCCGAGCCCGAGGUCCAGCAUCAGCAGUCCCCGGUCCAGCCUGGUAGUGCCGGGUCAAGACAAAUUUGCAAGCCCUCGCUCCAGCCUGGUGCAGUACGAGGGCAGCGCAGCUCUCAGCCCCAGGUCCAGCUAUGCAAGCACGGCCAGCGACUCCAGUAAGCAUUCGAGCCCCAGGGCCAGUCUGAACAGCUACGACUGCAGCAGCAAGCCCAGCAGCAACCGCACCAGUGGCAUCAGCAUGGGAUACGACCAGAGGCACAUCAGCCCGAGGUCCAGCACCGCCAGCCAGUAUUCCUGCACCACCAGCCCCCGGUCGAGCUACUCCGAUUCUAGGUACAUGCCGCCGGGGAGCAGCGAUCUGGACGGCGCGGUGACACACUGCAUGCCCGUGGCGAGCGCCGGCAUGGCCGCUAACUGCGCGCUCAGCCCCCGCUCCAGCAUUUCCAGUCACAGUUCCCGAAGUUCCCGUAGUUCGCGCGGCUCCAUGAGCACGUACCCGGACCUGCAGCUACCCUCGCCGCGGUCCUCGCUGCUGGCCACUGGUUUGCUGGAGGACGCCGUCGCCCAGGACUUCGGAGAGCCGAGUUACCUGCACAGCGUGCCGCAUCAGCAGUGCACCCAGGGAGCGUUGAUCCCCGACGUAGCGACUUCUCUGCAGGCGCCCUUUAAUUACAGUAGCCCCACGAAAAGCUCGACCCCGGCCCAGAGGCUUAAGUUGCCGUACCAAGUUACCCCAUGCCGGGAAGCUGGCCCCAGCCAAGCUGAGAAGAGGUUAGAGGAGCUGACGCUGGAGCUUGAGAAGGAACUGGAGAUGCAUAUGAAAAAAGAAUAUUUUGGUAUCUGUAUCAAAUGUGGCAAAGGCGUGUACGGAGCAAGUCAGGCCUGCCAAGCCAUGGGAAACCUUUUCCACACCAACUGCUUCACCUGCUUCUCCUGUGGGAGGAGGCUGAGAGGAAAAGCUUUCUACAAUGUCAACGGCAAGGUCUACUGUGAGGAAGACUUCCUGUACUCCGGCUUUCAGCAGACGGCAGACAAGUGUUUCGUUUGCGGACAUCUCAUCAUGGAGAUGAUCCUGCAAGCUCUCGGCAAGUCUUACCACCCAGCUUGCUUCCGCUGCGUCAUCUGCAAUGAGGCCCUUGACGGGGUUCCGUUUACAGUGGAUGUGGAGAACAACAUUUACUGCGUGAAGGACUACCACACGGUUUUUGCCCCCAAAUGCGCCUCCUGUAAGCAGCCCAUCCUCCCUGCCCAGGGCUCAGAAGAGACCAUCAGGGUCGUGUCCAUGGACAAGGAUUACCACGUGGAGUGUUACCACUGUGCGGACUGCGGACUUCAGCUGAAUGAUGAGGAGGGGCACCGUUGUUACCCUCUGGACGGUCACCUGCUCUGCCACAGCUGCCACCUGCGCAGGCUCAAGCCGCAAGUGCCCCAGCAUCUGCCCCAAGGCUACCCCAUGCACGUCACCGAGCUGUGAGGCCCCCAGGGCGGCGCUGGAGAGCGUGACUGGACACCAAAAUGGGGGAGGGGAGCAGGAGCCUGAGACGGGCCAGACACUGUGGGGGAACGUGCACAUGGGCCCCAGCGGGACAAAAAGCAGGUCCCGGGGUCACAACAAGGGCGCCUCCAGUCACUCGUGUCCCCAGCCAGCUGCACAUGAGGUCAUCGCAGUGUCAAAGACCGUGAUAGGUCAAGGCCACUCUGCUGGCCCCGCCCUCGGCUGCGUUAAGUGGAGCUCUGUUACCCCUGUUAUUUGGGGAAGGCGCCCAUUUCAUACGGCUGAUUUGACCUGCCCUUGCCCUUUAACCCGUUGCAUUCCAGGGCCAAAGUGAAAAUGAUGCUGUGACUCCGCCUCCCUCAAUCCUCCCCGACUGAAGAUGCAGACUGAGGAGCGCUAGCUGCACCCACAGCUCUCCUGCAGGAGGUGCCUGAUCCUCUGCUCCGGCCUCCUAACUUGGAAUGUUGCACUUAAGCUGGCUGCCCUGUGACUGGCUCCCCCCUCUGCAGAACCUUGGUGGUUCUGUGUUUUCUUCUUGGCUAUGCAAAGGAACAGCUGGCCUGCUUGUUACCCGCGCACCGAUCCCCCGUGCCAUGUGACACACACCGUCGAAGGACAUGUCGGUCGAGCUCGCUGCCACCCAACUGGCCGCUUGGCAAUUUUUAACAUAAUAUAAUCUUAAAAGAUCUAUGAGCAGUCAUUAAUUAUAAUAUUCAUAAUGAUUUAGAUGUACAUAGGCUGUACAAAUCUCUUUUUAUAAAAUUAUAUAUAUAUUGAAUAAGCAUAAGAAUUUUAAAUAGUUUUUUUUUUUUUUUUAAAUGCUCAUUGUCCAGUGGAGUUUGAGGCUUGGUAUGUGACACACAAUCUUAAGAUGUUAUUGGUCCAUUGCCCCCUUUUUUAAGCGGGCGGGGGGAGGGGGGGGCACAUUCACGAAUCUCCCAUUAUUAUCGGUGUCCAGGUGUGGUUCGCAAACCGUUAGAACCUCCAUAUUUUUGUUCUGACACUGGUUUUCUGUAGCUGAGAACUGUUUUUCAAAAAAAACAAAGUGCUGUAUAGAUGCCUUCAUCUUUACCUAAACCUGACGCCUUUGAGCGCGCAGUGCACAGUCAUUUACGAGAGUCACCAAGAAACUGCUGACAUUUUUAAAUGGGGGCAGGGUAGUAUUGCGGGCAUGGCGCCAGGGUGCAGGUAUAUGGGGUGGGUGGGGGCGGGGAGGGUGCUGGUAGUGUUUUAGGGAUGGGGGUUACUCUGCACUGCGGAGCAGGAAACCCAAGUGUUCAGUGUGCAUGUAGCUAUUGGCCAUGCCUGCAUCGACCCGCCCCCACCUGCCGCUGCAGGACGAAUAGCAGCUGCCCAGUGAGGGCCAAUCAGAAAGUGCACAUCCGUGUGCACACAUUAGUACUACUGAGUAUGAAAAGCACCGUGUAGACCAGGGGAAUAAUAAGGCAGGAUGUGUAUUAAGUGCUCUCUGCUCCAGGUUUUUUUUUUCUGGAACCGGUAAUAUAUUAUGAUGGAAAAGAAAGUCUUCAACCAGAAAGGAAAAAAAAAUAAAAAUCAAAUUUAAAUGCUUUGAAAUGCUUCUGGUACGUUACAGACCCACUGAGGUGCAGCUAUGACUCAUACUGUUACUCUUGACAUUUUCAGCACAGGUGAAAGCACAUCACGUCUUAAAACUUUAAUGCUGAAGAAUAACUUUGAAACUGUAGAUUCUGUCAAAUGAUGUCAUAGAUGGCUGGGGGGAAAGCAGGACCAGAAAAAGCACACGCUACGGCGUUCCGUUUGGGAAUCGUGCGUUACGCCUGGAAUCCCUGUCGUAUUCCAUAAAUGUAGCUUAUCUGUACAAAAUCGUAGUCUUUGUCUUCGGUCACAAAUGUAAACGCGUCACGAUUCCUCCCCGGCCAGUUCGUGUCAGACAUCAGCAUCGUUCACUGUUCGAUUGUGUAGCUGGUUCGUCGAGGAACAGAAAUGCAAUGUGUAGAUUUUAUUUAUCUAAAUAAAUUUCUAAAGCUAUUUAAUGUCUUAAAGGUCAAAAGUGUCAUUUAACCUUAGAUGUUAUAACCUGCUUUUUUCCCCAAUAAACUGGUUUUCUAGUUAAA